AUGCACAAGAAAUCGGCAACGAAAAACCGAGAGAAGGAAGUGUCUGUGGUCCUGGGCACGAUGACCUUCGGCGGCCAGACCGACGAGGAAACGUCGCUGCAGAUGGUACAGGAGUUCCUCGCUCGUGGCCACCGUGAGCUCGACACGGCGUUCCUGUACCAGAAAGGCCACACCGAAGAGAUUCUUGGCCGCAUUCUGGCCAAGGAGCGGCAAGAGCGCGGCGACAGCGGCAUUGCGCCGUACGUCGCCACGAAGGUCAACCCGUGGGGCUACUCCGGACGGUCUCUCAAGCCGGCCGACGUCAAGAAGCAGGCAAGCCCGCCACACUCACACCACGCCGCUCUGUUCGCUUGUCCGUUUCUGACGCGUUGCCUCCUCCAGUUCACCACCUCGCUGCAGAGAUUGCAAGUCGGCUCAGUAGAUCUGCUGUACCUACACGGUCCCGACUUCAAGAACCCUAUUGAGCAAACGUUGGAAGCCGUGAAUGAGCUCCAUCAGGCCGGCCAAAUCAAGGAGUUUGGCGUCAGCAACUUCACCGCGUGGCAGGUUGUAGAGAUCUACCACAUUUGCAAAGCCAACGGCUGGGUUCUUCCCACCGUGUAUCAGGGAAUGUACAACGCCAUCACCAGGGAUGUCGAAAAGGAGCUCUUUCCGGCGCUG